ACCUGGAGCUGAGAGACUAGGGCUCACUCCGUCCUCUGAGAACAACAAACCUGCAUCGCUUUCUUCCUGAAGUGCCGUCUCUCUCUCUCUCUCUCUCUCUUCCUCUCUCCCUGACAGCCUGCAGGAUAGAUGAGCCUGGGAGGCCUGGGAUUGGUCUGUGCUGCUCCUGGCCUGGUGGAGAUGAUGCACUGAGUAUACACCCUCGCUUGUCCUAGCCAUGAGCCAUCAGGAGGCGCCGCUGGGCUACGAGCCAGUUGAGGCACCUGAAGCCGAUCUGGGCCGCCGAGAGCAGCCUUCCUCUCAGCGCAGACGACACGAAAACUCGGGCCGCUCUCGCCAUCAUCACAGUGGUAAUGGCAGCGAGAACAACCACUCCCAGCCCGGGUCACAGCGGCAACGGCGUCACGAGGGCUCUGAAGGGGCCGGGCGACCGCGCACCUCCCGCAGGAUGCCUGACGAAGGUGACGUGGAACAGCAGCAAAUUCAGCGGCCUAUCCCACGGCCGGCGGUGAGCCGCUACCGCAGGCAAGGAGACACAGAGGCACGACUGAGGGCUCAGCAGCAGCGGCAGAGGCAGAGGGAGAGGGAAAGACAACAGAGGGAGGCAGAAAGAGCUGAGCAACAGCGAUUGGAUGAUGAAGAGGAUGACCACAGUGAACUGGCACGCUCUGCAAGUACAGAGAGCGGUUUCCACAACCACACAGACCAGGCCGAGGGUGACGCCGUCAUGGCGCUGGAGGCCGAACCAGAGGAUGAGGGUAUGUACGGUGUAGCACUACGUCCUGAGGCUGAAGAAUACGCAGAGAGUGCAGAAUCCGAGCAGCAGCCACAGUAUCCUCCCCAACCUCCACCACUUCCCCAUGAGCCCCUGCAAAACAUGGAGCGGCCAAGCAGACAUAACACCGAGGCACUCAACCCUGGUUACUCCAACUAUGUUUACACUCAGCCUCGGCCUGAUGAUCAGCCCUAUUCCGAGCCCUAUGCUGACUAUGGAGUCCAGGAGCAUGUGUACGAGGAGAUCCCAGAAGCCCCUGAAGGAGACAUGCCCCAGCAGCGUCGUGCCGGGCUCCGGCUCCUGGAGCGUGAUUCGUUCGGGCAGCAGGAGGCUGUGGGUUCCAGACUCCACCACUACGAUGAGCGCUCAGACGGUGAAUCCGACAGUCCCGAGAAAGAAGCUGAGUUUGCGCCUUACCCACGCACCGACAGCUGUGAGCAGGACGAAGAUGUUGAACAUAUCAUGGAUGAAGUGAACGAGAGUCUGGAGCACCCUGCAGCAGAACAGGAAGCAGACAGACACAAAGAAGAAGAGCAGGUUGAGGAGGGAAAGCUUCAGGAGUCAGGGAACGAGGGAGGGAAAGGAGAGGAUGGAAAACCCCCCAUGAGCAGCCCCUCUGAGGAGUCAGCUCAGGUCAGGAGCAGUAGGCAGAAGAGGGAUGCCAUAUCUCUGGCCAUCAAAGACAUCAAGGAGGCCAUAGAGGAGGUGAAGAGCAGGACAGUGCGCUCACCCUACACACCAGACGAACCCAAAGAGCCCAUCUGGGUGAUGAGGCAAGACCUGAGCCCCAGCAUGGAGUCGGACCUGCAGCCGCCACUAGGGGGAGAUUCUCCAGGCCCAGCCUCCACCUCUCCACAGGGGGCGGAGUCUUCCAGCAGCAACCUGCUGCAGCAUGAGGGGAGUGAAAACUUUGAGUCCCCGUCUCCUGCUGGCAAAGAGAAAUGGCAGUCGAGGAGGAGCAUCGCUUCAUUCCCAACAUAUGUGGAAGUUCCAGGCCCAUGUGACCCAGAGGACCUCAUCGACGGCAUCAUUUUUGCCGCAAACUAUCUGGGCUCGACGCAGCUGCUAUCAGACAAGACGCCAUCGAAGAACGUGCGCAUGAUGCAGGCUCAGGAGGCUGUCAGUCGCAUCAAGACGGCCCAGAAAUUAGCCAAAAACAGGAAGAAGGCCCCUGAGGGUGAGACACAGCCCAUGACGGAGGUGGACCUCUUCAUUUCCACUCAAAGAAUCAAAGUACUGAAUGCUGACUCUCAGGAGACCAUGAUGGACCACCCAUUAAGGACCAUUUCUUACAUCGCUGACAUUGGGAACAUUGUGGUUCUGAUGGCCAGGAGGAGAAUGCCUCGCUCUGACUCUCAGGAGAAUAUGGAGGCGUCUGAUCCAGCCCAGGAUGAAAAGCGCCAGUACAAGAUGAUCUGUCAUGUGUUUGAGUCUGAAGAUGCCCAACUCAUAGCACAGUCCAUUGGCCAGGCUUUCAGUGUAGCAUAUCAGGAAUUCCUGCGCGCCAAUGGCAUCAACCCUGAGGACCUGAGCCAGAAAGAGUACAGCGACCUCCUUAACACACAGGACAUGUACAACGAUGACCUCAUACACUUCUCCAAGUCAGAGAACUGUAAAGACGUUUACAUAGAGAAGCAGAAAGGAGAGAUCCUAGGAGUGGUGAUUGUAGAGUCAGGCUGGGGCUCCAUCCUUCCUACGGUCAUCAUUGCUAACAUGAUGCAUGCUGGGCCAGCAGAAAAAUCUGGGAGACUGAAUAUUGGAGACCAGAUCAUGUCUAUUAAUGGCACCAGUCUGGUUGGACUUCCUCUCUCCACCUGUCAGAGCAUCAUCAAGGGGCUGAAGAACCAGUCCAGGAUCAAGCUUAAUAUUGUGCGAUGCCCACCAGUCACCACCGUGCUCAUCAGAAGGCCAGACCUGAGAUAUCAGUUGGGGUUCAGCGUGCAGAAUGGCAUUAUUUGCAGCCUUAUGAGAGGAGGGAUAGCAGAACGAGGUGGUGUUCGUGUUGGUCACCGCAUCAUCGAGAUCAACGGCCAGAGCGUGGUGGCGACUCCUCAUGAGAAGAUUGUACACAUUCUGUCCAAUGCAGUUGGUGAGAUUCACAUGAAGACUAUGCCUGCUGCCAUGUACCGCCUGUUGACAGCCCAGGAGCAGCCAGUUUACAUCUAAAAGCCACAAAGAUACCCUCAACCUCCUGACCUCACCUCACCUCACCUAACCUCACCUCACCCUGAUCUUUACCCUGUGGACUGUGUGAGUGAUUCAAUGUCCACUAUUUAUCCACAGUUUCACUUUCUCCCUACUGCCUGUCCACUUCCUGUCAGCACAAGGCUUUCAGCCUGUAAAACCUCUAGUUCUGCACACGUCUCCCCAUCCAGGUGGAAAAUCUUGACACAGACACAGAAUGUACGAGCUCAGUGACGACCUUCCCGAAACUCCACUGAUUAAAAUUCAUAUUUACGUUCUAUUACAAUCUGAUCAGAGUUUCACACUGUUUGGACAUCCAGUGAGAUUGAUGUUAUUUAUGGAAACUUUUUUCUCCCCCCAAUGUGAUUUAUUUGAACCUGGCAACCAUCAAGCAUUCCAGCUUUAUUCUCCUCCAUUCAAGUUAUAAACCUGCAGCUGUUAGCCAGAUUGUGGAGAAGCGGACUAAACAUUUCUGAGGAACUGCAGGCUGUAAGUGUGCAUUCCUCUGAGUAACGGCUAAUUAGAGUAAACAAGAACCGUGUGCUCUGUGGUCACAUGUACAGAAAGGGUCCUCAAAGACUCCUUUACCUAAAAUCCACAGGCAUUCUCAGUACACCUUUAUUUUAUGAACUUACCAAUAAUCUAGGCACAAUAUUUAAAACCAGUACAAUAUAAAUCGUCAUUCGACUUUCCAGUUACCAUCAUAAAUUUGAUAAUAGUGGGUUUGCACAAUGUGGCCUUAAAAUAGUGACGCCAUACAGAAACAACUCAGAGUUGAUCAAAUCAUAAUGCAGCACAGAGAAACAUAAGACGAACUUCUUUAGCGGCGAGAAGAAAAGACCAAAUUUAGUCUGACUUAGAAUUUAGUCAGUGAAAGAAUAUAUGAAAAUGAUGUACAAGUUUCAGAAUGAUUCAGUGUUUUUAUUUGUCUGGAUUUCUCUUCUGUGACAUUGUGUGGUGACUGAAUCAUUUCCACUUUUUCCCUUAGUGUACAGAACAUAUUUUUCUUUUCUUUUUUUUUCCCUCAAAUUUUUCAUAUCGAUCCUUUAUAUUCGAGGAUAAUUCCGUUUGUAUGUGUAUGAAGUAUUUUAUUUUGGUUUGGGGAAAAAAAAAAUAUUUAUACUUGAAAAUUAUUAUUUGAAGAAAUAUGUUUAUAAAGGGUUAUAAGUCAUAAACUGGCCUAUGAUUUUAUUUUAGUUUGAAGUUAAAAUCGAGUUUAUUUUUCAGCAUUCGACAUUUUAAUUCCUUCAGCUCUUCAGUGUUUUGCCCUCAUAAAUGUGAUAGACUGAGAGUUCUCCCCAGAUUAGGUGUUUUAUAGAAAAUUUAUCUUUCACUGCCCUGGCUGAUCUCCGCUAAGUCACCGACGAAACAAUACAGCUGAUACUGUGAUAGAAAUGAUGUUGUGAAAUGCUUGGUACUGGUGUAUCAGUAAUACCGCAGGUAUAGGUGCAUAUUUAACCUGAACAGAACUAUGAAGCAUUGUGAUAUUAAUGGUACCAUGGAUUAACGUCUACAUUCACAGUCACAGGCCACAUUAUUGCUGCAGUAUGUGAGUGUCAUAUACCUAAACGUGGCUCUUGUACACACAGCUUUGGGUCUCAUCUCUCAACAUCCUUGCCUUACGACUGCUCUAAUUUCCAUGGAUGCCCAAGCAGGACAGCGUCACUUUUCUUAAGCAUGGUCUAUCAUGUCCUUGGUAUGCAUUCAUGCUAGUAGUGGGUGUGAUGUGUGACGACAAAUUACUCCACGGUUAAAAAAACAAAAAAAACAAAGACCAGCUACAUAACUGCAUAUAAAUAUAUAUUUAUAUACGCACAUACAUUUCAGUAUACACAUCCAGUGAUUGUGUAUAUACAGUAUGUACAUUUAAGAUUCGCAAAGCAGCGGGCAAGAAGGUGGGAUUCGUGUAGUACUCUCUUCCAUACGCUCUUUAUCUUGAUCCGAGAAGAUUUCUGCAGUUUCCGGGAUGUGACAAUGGCAUUAUGGUUAUUUCAAAACGACUGCAUUAAGCUGAAGUGUGACCAUUUAAUCCAGUGAACAGGCUCAUUUUCACGGAGCAAUCGGUUCUGAUUCACUUAUUCAAAUAUAAACGUCAAUACUGCAGUUCUGUGUAUACAAACAAGGCCACAUAUAUGCAAGCUUUAAUGAUGUUGUUGGCUUUGGAUGGGUUUACAUGAGAGAAUAUAUCAAAAAUCACUGUAUGCGCUGCUUUAUGGUCUUUGGUGAAACACAGUCAAGACUAAAAUUCGCCCCAAAAAAACAAAACAAAAACACACACUGAACACACAGAUGUGAAGUACACACUGGUGUCUGUACUGCGAGAGUAAACACAGGGCCUCGUGUUGUUGUUAUAAUUAGGAGAUAAAGACGAGAGUAGAUGGUGGGUUUGACUAGUGUUUCUUAUGCACUCGCUCUGAAUGUAUUUAAACUUAUAUCUAUGUUUGUCUAUAUGGUAAAGAAAUAGGGAAAAAAAAUAAAUAACACUUUCUGUAAA